AUGAGCCCCAACAUGAAUAACAGCUUUAAAGAUGCUUCAGCCACUGCAUCACCAAGCAAUUACCUGUCCCCUUCAGAUUCUUUGAUCGACAUCCUUUUGGAGGCAUCGCGACCGCACGAUACUUUGCCAGCACCACCAGCAGAGGAGGACGAACUGGUAGUACCAAGGAUGAUGAUCCCCUUGCUUCCGAUGUCCAAUCAGAGGAUGACCGAGAGAACACAAAACCUCCAAGAUACUCUCACGACAGUGAUUGGCAUUCUGGAAGAUACUUCAUCGUUUCAUCCAAGGCACCGCUGUGCUGUCGUAUCCCGCAGAUCAGCUUUGCUGAGAAACUACAAGAAGGAGCGCGGAUCCAAAGGAGGUCCCACCAAAAAGCAGUAA